GCAGGGAGAGCUCACCCCCACUGCCUCCCUGCAGAUGAGCUCCGUCUUUGCGACUACUCCAUCGGCCCUGGCUCCAAGCUAAACCUGGUGGUGAAGCCGCCAGAGAAGGCUUCUCCUGAGGAGCCGGGGCACAGGGGAUCCCUGCCGCCGUUCCCCAGCAUUUGGCACUCACUGGCCCAGGUCCUGGCCCGGCACUUCAGCCCAGCUGACACGCAGAAGGUGCUGGAGCAGCUGCAGAAGGAUUACGAGCGGAGCCUUCGCCUGCUGAGUCUGGAUGACAUCGAGCGUCUGGCCACCCGGCUGCUGCAUCCGGAGGUGGCCGACGCGGUGGAGAUGGGAUUCCUGGACUAGUGCCAGUCAGACUGGCUGGCAACUUCAGCCCAGUUCUCCCUGCCCUGGACCUGCGGGCGGGGCCCAGUGAGGGGUGUAUGUGCCUCUGCCCCUCCUUGUGCCUGAACUGCUGCUACAGAGCCACUUGCUGUCUCCUCUCUCAUUAAAGGCCAUACUGGGUGUGCGACCUGCCAA